UCGUUAUAGGGAGGUGGACUGGUGGUGGAGGGACGUACAAGGUUGAUCAGAGUGAAAGGAUUUGUGGAGGAAGCGAAUAUAUGUUAGUGUUAAGAUGUGGGUCCUACUGGUAGCGUGUGUGUGUACUCUGGUGACUGUCGAAGCUCAGGGCGUGGUACCUGAAUGUCCAGCACCUGAUGGGUUCUUCGCUGACGCAGAACAAUGUGAUAGGUACUACGAGUGUGUCGACAAUGUCCUGACUGAGAAGAUGUGUGCAGACGGUCUGGCCUUUGUAGACUUGAACCCCCGGAUCGAGAAAUGCGAUUAUAUUUCAUCUGUCGACUGUACUGGCAGGCCUAAACUACAGCCUGCCCAGCCUACAGACGUGUGCCCACGCCAGAAUGGGUACUUCCAGCACCCAGAUGAGACAGUCUGCAACAAAUUUUAUUUCUGCAAUGCAGGGACGGGUAACCUGGUGACCUGUCCAGAGGGUCUGGUCUAUGGGCUGGACAGCCAUAAUUGUGUCUGGCCGGAUGUUGCAGCCAGACAAGGCUGCUCCUCUGAUGUGAUAGCUGAGUUCGACUGUCCUAAGGUGACAGAUGACAUUGCUGUCUCCCAUCCCCGGUAUGCUGAUCCAACAGACUGUCAGUACUUCUAUGUCUGUAUCAGUGGAGUCAAUCCUCGCAGGAACGGCUGUGCCUUUGGUCAAGUCUUCAACUCGAAGUUGGCAGCCUGUGACGCCCCACAGGAAGUUCCAGAGUGUGCUGACUACUACACUGCCUAUUUUGAAGACUAUUUCAACACGCUGACAGCCACUGACGGCCGUGUCAGUGUAGAUAUCCUGGCAGCUGCCCUGGCUAGUGGGUAUGACGUACCCAGCAUUCAAGAGAGGUUCCAUGUGGACCCAAAACUACUGCAAACCCAACCCAGACCCUCUAGGGCACGUGGGGUUACUGCUGCCCCAGCUGCUGCUGCACCAGCUGCUGUUGCACCAGCUGCUGCUACUGUUCGCAAAGCUGGUAAACUACCAGCUAGAAGACAAGAAGAACUGGUGUCCCAGGACGGUGACGUGUCACCCCCGUCGCUCACUGCUGGCGCCCCACGCAACACGGUUCCAAAGCGACGCUUCCGACCACAACCACCAACCACCACCACUACCCCCCCACCACCACCACCACCCCCCCAGGGUGGCCCUGAGGACUACACUGACUACACUGACUACACUGAUGGUGCAGUGUACGACUAUGGUGCUGAGGUACCACUACCACCACCCACAACUACCACCGCAGCACCGGUUCAACCUACAUCUAUCAAGCGAAGGAUUCCCCUCAGACGACCUCGACCUGCCAAUUAGAGUGUUAGAAUGUGUUGUUCUCUGAGAGUGCUAGAGUGCUAGGAAGAGUGCUAGACAGUGCCAGACAGUGCCAGACAGGGCUAGACAGGGCUAGACAGUGCCAAACAGUGCCAGACAGUGCCAGACAGUGCCAGACAGUGCCAGAGUACCAGAGCUAGACAGUGCUAGACAGAGUGCCAGAUAGUGCCAGACAGUGCCAGACAGGGCUAGACAGUGCCAAACAGUGCUAGACAGUGCCAGAGUACCAGAGCUAGACAGUGCUAGACAGAGUGCCAGAUAGUGCCAGACAGUGCCAGACAGGGCUAGACAGUGCCAGACAGUGCCAGAGUACCAGAUAGUGCUAGACAGAAUGCCAGACAGUGCUAGGCAGUGCGAGACAGUGCUAGACAGUGCCAGACAGUGCUAGACAGAGUGCCAGAGUACCAGAGUGCCAGAGUGCCAGACAGUGCCAGACAGUGCCAGACGACUAAAACACUCUUCACAGCUCAGAUUUCAUCUUCCGUUCAAUAUUUUGGUUCCGGUGAUAAUAUUAUAUAAGAACUAUGGUACUGAGUAGGCUGUAUAAUAGGCCUAUUUGAUUUUAAUGCCUAUGGGUUAGAUCGUUUAUGAUUAUAUGAUCUAAAUUAGUCAUCCAACUUAAGUGACAGUUUUAAGUCUGGCUUAAGUUAGGCUAAGUUCAGACAUUGAAUUUACUUAUUACAACAAAGUUGCUGUUUGUUUCAAAAUAUAGAUCUUUCUAUGCCUAGGCCUAUUUUAUAAAAUAUAGAUCUUUCCAUGCCUAGGCCUAUUUUAUAAAAGAUCUUUCCAUGCCUAGGCCUAUUUUAUAAAAGAUAUUUCCAUGCCUAGGCCUAUUUUAUAAAAGAUAUUUCCAUGCCUAGGCCUAUUUUAUAAAAGAUAUUUCCAUGCCUAGGCCUAUUUUAUAAAAGAUAUUUCCAUGCCUAGGCCUAUUUUAUAAAAUAGAUAUUUCCAUGCCUAGGCCUGUUAUAUAAAAUAUAGAUCUUUCCAUGCCUAGGCCUAUUUUAUAAAAGAUAUUUCCAUGCCUAGGCCUAUUUUAUAAAAUAGAUAUUUCCAUGCCUAGGCCUGUUUUAUAAAAUAUAGAUCUUUCCAUGCCUAGGCCUAUUUUAUAAAAAAUAUAGAUAUUUCCAUGCCUAGGCCUAAUUUAUAAAAUAGAUAUUUCCAUGCCUAGGCCUUUUUAUAAAAUAUAGAUCUUUCCAUGCCUAGGCCUAUUUUAUAAAAAAUAUAGAUAUUUCCAUGCCUAGGCCUCUUUUAUAAAAUAUAGAUCUUUCCAUGCCUAGGCCUAUUUUAUAAAAAUAUAGAUCUUUCCUUGCCUAGGCCUAUUUUAUAAAAUAUAGAUCUUUCCAUGCCUAGGCCUAUUUUAUAAAAAUAUAGAUCUUUCCAUGCCUAGGCCUAUUUUAUAAAAUAUAGAUCUUUCCAUGCCUAGGCCUAUUUUAUAAAAUAUAGAUCUUUCCAUGACCUAGGCCUAUUUUAUAAAUAUAGAUCUUUCCAUGCCUAGGCCUAUUUUAUAAAUAUAGAUCUUUCCAUGCCUAGGCCUAUUUUAUAAAAUAUAAUCUUUCCAUGCCUAGGCCUAUUUUAUAAAAUAUAGAUCUUUCCAUGCCUAGGCCUAUUUUAUAAAUAUAGAUCUUUCCAUGCCUAGGCCUAUUUUAUAAAAUAUAGAUCUUUCCAUGCCUAGGCCUAUUUUAUAAAAUAUAGAUCUUUCCAUGCCUAGGCCUAUUUUAUAAAAAGAUCUUUCCAUGCCUAGGCCUAUUUUAUAAAAAUAUAGAUCUUUCCAUGCCUAGGCCUAUUUUAUAAAAUAGAUCUUUCCAUGCCUAGGCCUAUUUUAUAAAAUAGAUCUUUCCAUGCCUAGGCCUAUUUUAUAAAAUAUAGAUCUAUCCAUGCCUAGGCCUAUUUUAUAAAAAGAUCUUUCCAUGCCUAGGCCUAUUUUAUAAAAAAUAUAGAUCUUUCCAUGCCUAGGCCUAUUUUAUAAAAAAUAUAGAUCUUUCCAUGCCUAGGCCUAUUUUAUAAAAAGAUCUUUCCAUGCCUAGGCCUAUUU